UAAACAAAGAAUCAGAAUCGCCAAGUUUGUCACUUUCGUUUGCCAAAGAAAUGAUCAUGGAUUACGAUGGAUCAUCUUGCGCAAACGUUUGGACCCAGCAAGUACGCAACAUUGCUGAAAUGUACAACUUGGAUGCAGUGUGCGUAAAAUUGGUGAUUGUGGCUAAACUAAAAGGCAUCGCCCAGCGCUGGUUGCAUGCAAAUGCAACGCGUAUUAUGGAGCCGGCAGAGAAUCUGUUGGAACAGCUGAUCCUAGCAUUCGGCGAUAAGCUGUCCAAAGCAGAGGCGCGACGCAAAUUUGAGGACUUGAAGUGGCAUUAUGGCGAAAAGUUCGCGGUGUAUUUUGAGGCAAAGACAAUGCUGGCAAGCAGCAUCAACAUUGAUCCAGACGAAUUGGUUGACCAGAUAGUCGAGGGAAUACCAGCACAGAAUUUGCGGGAUCAGGCCCGGAUCCAAUGUUUCACAGAUCCGAAGCAAAUUCUCCGUGCGUUUGCUGGUAUCCGUUUGGAUAAGUCAAAUGAGUCGGCGUCAAAGGAGUUCAACAAGAAUAGGAGCAGCACCAGAGGAUUCCGCUGCAGUAACUGCAACGCCAGAGGACACAUCGCUAAGGAUUGUCGAAAACCAGCAAGGAAUCCAGGAUCCUGCUAUGCCUGUGGCAAGUUUGGCCACUUUGUAGCCCAAUGUGAGGAUAGAAAGGGAAAUGCUGUAAAUAAAUAUCAUGCAUCUUAGACUCUGGCAGUCCAAUUUCGUUGCUUAAAAUAUCUUUGUUGCCCAGGGAGGCCCAAUUACAUGAAGUCAAAGAACAAUAUUUUGGUAUAAAUAGAAGCCCAUUACAAAUCUACGGAAAAAUUUUAUGUUUUGUAUUAAAAGGAACAAUAAAAUGUUACUUUAACUUAA